GAGGCAGACUGAAGCAGUCCAAUCAAGAUGACAACAGUCAAACUGCAAGACACCUACAACAUGCAGGGCUUCCUCUCAGCACUGCCUGUGUUGAAUGAGACGGAGCUGAGGGAGGCCAGGCGUGGCUUCUCUGAGUUCGAGAAGGAAUUUGGUGAAGAGUACACCCAGUAUAGCCUCCAUAAUGUUCACCUUCAGUAUCCGUGGGUGAUGGAUUUGACCAAACACCCUCGUCUCUUGGAAGUGAUCACAGCCAUCCUGGGCCUGGAUGUCAUCCUACUGGACUCCCGCUUUAUCUGCAAAUACCCAGCACUCAAAUCAUCUGACACCCAGGAGAAUAAAGAGGAGGAAAGCAAACCUGCAGCUGGAGAGAAUACACUGCCAUAUGUGGCCUGGCAUCAGGAUAUGAGGUACUGGGGCAUUGCCGGUGGCCCUGUUCUGUCUGUAUGGCUCGCUUUGGAUGACUCACUGAAAGAGAAUGGUGCCCUUCAGGUUAUCCCAGGCAGCCACUGCUCUGGCAUGUUGCCCCACCACCAGGCCACCCGCCCUGGAAACAUGCUGACAGUCAAUCAGGAGAUCCCAGAGGAGCUGGUGCAAAGUGAGAAGGCUGUGCUUUGCCCCCUUUUAGCUGGGCAGAUGUCUGUUCAUGAUGGACUCCUUGUCCAUGCCAGUGAUCCCAACACAUCCCAGAGGAGGCGCUGUGGGUUUGUAAUCCGUUAUGUCCCCACCUGCGCUUACCCCAUACAGGAUCCUGAUCGUCCCAGGAAGUUUCACGCAACAAUGUUGGCCAGUGGAACGGAUCAGUUCAAUAAUUUCUCACACUAAAGCUCAUGAAAACUUCUUGUAAUCUUUCUGCUCACAAGAACAGUAA